GAAUGUGCGCCCAACCUCCCCUACUUCGUUACAAGGACACCAUCCAACGAGUUUCCCAUCUACACAUUGAGGAAACGCGGCGGCAACAUGAAGUUGACCCGCGUCAAGAAGAUCGACGGAAACAUUGAUAUCUUGCGCGAUGCUCUGCAGGCAGAACUCAAGGUCCCGGAGGCUGAGUGUGUUAUCAACAGACUUACGAACCAUGUCAUGAUCAAGGGAUGGCACAAGCCCCGGAUAGAGGCUUUCCUCAAGGCUCGCAACUUUUAA